GUCUUCACAAAGGACGCACGUAUCCCAUAGCUCCUCGGUUUAGAGGGAAAAGUUUUGCGAUCGUCGGCAAUCGUAGAGAUAUACGAGUUGAAAUGGAGUACUACUUGGUGCAGUGCGUUCCUUAGAUAUGGAUGUUUGAACUGUGUUUUGAUAAUGACUUGGCGUGUGCAGUGAUCGCGGAAUGAAAGGGCACGAAAUACAAUGGAUCAUCGGCAUAACGUUAGCAGUAGGGCUGGCGGCCAGCUCUGGGGACAAGCGGCCACACUUCGUGGUGGAGCCACCGUCGCGAGUUUUGUGGCCCGCCACCCGGGGGGCCUAUGCCACCUGCCGGGCCUCGGGACACCCCACACCCGACGUACACUGGGUCACUGCUGAAGGACAAGUCAUCACCACUAUACCGGGAUUGAGACAUGUCCUGAGCGAUGGUCGCCUGGUGGUAGGAGCGCGGCGGUCGCUAGUAGACGCCGGGGGAGGGGGUAGUAGUGCUGUCCUGCGCUGCAAGGCCUCCAACCGUGCUGGGGUCACGCUGUCUCGACCGAUGAUGCUGCAACCAGUGGAAGACAACGUACUGUCUCAUGUCGUGCGCCAACUCAUUCCGACCAAAGUUGGAGGGUCUGUAGUGUUGCGAUGUGAAGUGUCCCCGCAGUACGGACUGGUCGACAUCACGUGGCUGCAGGACGGGCUACCUUUGCCGUCUGGUUACAUGGGUGCUGAGACGCGUUGGAUAUCGGGCGCUGGCGGACUGUUGCUUGGUCUGGACCUCACACAAGCGGACGUUCAAGCGGAAUAUUCAUGCUUGGCCCUCGAUACGCUCAGUACGUCUUUGAAACUAACAACAGAUGAGAGCAGUUGGCUGGACAACAUUGAAGUUAAUUCAGUAGAAGCUCGCAUGGGGGACACCGUGUUACUUCCGUGUAUAUUGAGACAUGUCAACAAGCACACCAUUACUUGGCAGCGACAGGAAGCGAACGGCGUGUGGGUGUCGACAGGUGAGGGCGUCGUGCGAGGAGGUACACUCGUAUUGCCGAGUGUUCGCACGCACCACGCGGUCAGAUAUGCGUGCUCUCAAGGCACGGAGGCGUCACCCAGGGUUGUCGUCAGGCUGGUUGUAUUCGAGCCUUUGACUGUUACUGUGACGCCGAAUCCAUUGAUGUUAGGGACUGGAGGAAGCGGUCAUUUUAAUUGUACAAUUCACGGUGGAAGAGGUGGAGGGGUCACGUUAAGUUGGCAGCAUGAAGGUCGUCCUCUACAUUCACCUCAACCUCGCUUAGCUUUGGGACCAGUUAGACCACAUCACGUCGGCCUAUAUCAAUGUACAGCUUAUGAUCAUUCUGAUUCGGCAGUGUCUGGUGCUGAACUUGUAAUAGCUGACAGACCGCCUAGAUUGGUGUCAACGUUUAGUGAAGCAAUUACAAGAGUUGGGCAAACUAUUGCAUUCAGAUGUGCAGCUAACGGUGUACCUUCACCUCGCAUUAUGUGGACUUUGGACGACAGACCAUUGCCGUCAGCUCCUGAAAAAUACAGUGUAAAUACUAGAGCAGAAACGUUAACUGCUGGUGAAGAAGGAACUAUAGUAUCAACAUUAAGUAUUACAAUUAGGACUGCUGAUGAAGGAGGAAGGUAUGGCUGCAAUGCAACAAAUUCUGGAGGAUCACAUGCACAUCAUGCGAGAUUGAAUGUGUUUGGUCCACCAAAUAUUAGAUAUUUACAACCAAUACAUGUAAAGACUGAUACAGAUGUGAAUUUACAUUGUCCUUAUUCAGGAUAUCCUAUAAAAGAAGUAGUGUGGCGACGUGAGGACGGUUCUCUUGUAGAAUCCCCAAUUGAAACUAGUGAUGAAAGAGGAAUACUACGACUCUCUUCAAUAAGAAGUUCAAUUGCUGGAACUUAUACAUGUGAAGUCAGAGCAGAAAGUGGCGAACUAGCUCGAAGAACAGUAAGAGUGGAAGUUCAUAAACCUCCAAAAAUAGCACCAUUUCAAUUUCCCGAAGAGCUAGAAGUGGGAGGUAGUACACAAGCAACCUGUAGCUUGGUUUCUGGAGACAAACCUAUACAAUUUUCAUGGUUAAAAGACAAUUUACCAAUCCCUUCAACUUUAAAGGUAGAGCAGAAAAAUAUGGAUUUUUUCACCAUCCUGGUAAUUCAAGAUCUAAACUCGAUGCACAGCGGAGAAUAUUCUUGUAAAGCAACAAAUGAUUUUGGUACUGUCACCCAUAGUGCAUCACUAACUGUAAAAGAACCUCCAACUUGGGUAUGGCGGCCACAAAAUACUUCAGUCUCCGCCGGUGCAGCAGUAUUACUACCUUGUUCAGCUAAAGGACAACCAAUGCCGAGAAUAUCUUGGGAGUUUUCAUCAGAAGGAGAAAAUUGGCGUCACAUUCUUUGGGGUCAAUCAGAUUCUGCGGAUGCCAGUGAAGGAUCGAUCCUAUCUGAUGGCACAGUUUGGUUGAGAGCAGCUACACCAGAACAUGAGGGCUGGUACCGAUGCACUGCGCGCGUUCAACAUUCAUUUCUUCAUCAUUCCUUUUACCUGGAUGUCCGAGAACCUCCAAAACUUACGAGAGGAGGGAGUGCUGGUGAGACACGUUGGGUAGUUCGAGGAUCAACGGCGCGUCUUACUUGCACCGUGCGCGGCGAACCAGAGAUUCAUGUACACUGGACUCAUGAUUCACGGCCAUUAGCUUUGCACGGUUCGGGUGGAGUGGAAAUGAGAGAUUUAGGCAAUGGGGCCAUGACAUCCGAGAUAACAAUAACACACGCCGGCCCCGAACAUGCAGGCGACUAUCGGUGUAUGGCCAGGAACCUUUAUGGCACUGACGAGUUGUUGUUCCGGCUAUACGUCAAAGAACGACCAAGCACACCAGAAGAAGUGAGAAUAUCGGAAGUGUGGUCACGAAAAGCGCGAGUAACAUGGAGACUGGCUCGAGGCGCUUUUGUCUCGCACUACUCGCUACAAUAUCGCACACUUACACACGACCUCACCAACGCUCCGCUCAACGCCCCGCUGCCCGCUCUGCUUGACACUUGGGACUCACCUGAAGUGCUAAACAUUACACUCGCUAACUCGGAUUUACUACAUGUCGCGACGGAAGGACCCAGCCGGGCUGGCGCGUCUGUGGCCGGCUUAUCCCCUGACACGCGAUACGUGCUCCGCCUGGCCGCCUACAACGACGUCGGCGCCUCGCCCUACACGCCGCCGCUGCACUUCACUACGAGGGAGGAAGCGCCCGGCGGAGUGCCCCGUGACAUCACAGUGCGCGCACUCCGAGCUCGAGAACUGCAAGUUACUUGGCAGCCUCCUCCUAGAGAGACAUGGCACGGUACUCUCCUAGGGUACACCAUUCGUUGGUGGGAAGCCUCCGAAGAAGGGAAGGGCGCUACUGAAGCUGGGUCUGAAAGUGGGGCCAGCUCUGACGCCACAACCACGACCUUACGGGGCCUGAAGGCGGCCACUCGAUAUGGAGUCACUGUUAGAACAUACAAUGCUGCUGGUACUGGGCCCCUGUCACCGCCGCAUUACCGACAUACUUUGGAAUCACCGCCAACCGGUGGACCCGAAGACCUUUCAUGUACAGCCAGCAGCUCAACAUCGCUCCGAGUAUCCUGGAGACCACCUAACCCAGAUGCGAGGGGAGGACAAAUUACUCACUACACGUUGCAGUAUACAAGAAGAGAUUCAGAUCCAUUGCAGCCGACCCAAGACGCACAUUUAAGAGUUCAGGGUGAAGAGGCGACAGUGUCCCGUCUGACGUCAUACGCGGAAUACGAAAUAAGAGUGCGAGCGCACAACGCAGCAGGCGAUGGCCCUUUGUCGGCACCGCAAGUUUGCAAGACUGAUGAAGAUGUGCCGAGCGCGCCAGGAGGCAUGAAAUUGAUCGCCCUCAGUGAGCGGUCACUCCGGGCGUCCUGGCUGCCGCCUCUAGAGCCUAAUGGACGACUUACGCAUUACUCGCUCUACGUGAAGGAUUUGUCGGGAUCACAAGAACCGAACGUAACUCGAGUCAACGCGUGCACGGACGGUGAAGGAACUGUUGAAUGUAUGAGACCGCUGCGUGGACUUCGUGCUGGAAGAACGUAUGAAGCGUGGGUGCGAGCCGCCACUAACGAAGGGGAAGGUCCUCCGUCUGCUGUAGUAGCGUGCCAAACUAGCGCUUUGGCACCAGCUCGAAUCUCCUCAUUCGGUGGCAUAGCCGUCGGCGCAGCUGGAGGUUCGCUGUCACUCAGAUGUGUUGUGGGAGGAGUUCCACCUCCGUCCAAGAGAUGGCUAAGAGCUGGAAACCAGCUGCAUCCAAGACCGCCGUUCCAUUUGGAUGGUGACGCUCUACUUAUAAGAGGUUUAGAAUUAUCACACGCGGACAAUUACACGUGUGUGGCGGAAAACCCACAUGGCUCGGAUUCGGUGACGUGGCGGGUGUAUGUUUUAAGACCACCAACACCUCCAGGAUUAGCGUUAGUAGAAGCAAGAUCCAGGGAAUUAGAGUUAGAACUUCGCCAAGCGCCGAGAGCUCAAGGUCACGCGUUACCGAAGGCUUACACGCUGCAUUGGAGGCUUGCUGCACCGGAAGGUGAAUGGCGAAUACAAUCAGCAAGUCCCGGACCAGUUAUACUAACAGGUCUUCGAUGUGGAUCAGCAUACAGAGCAUACGGGUCCGCCGGAGGAGCGCCUGGGGCUGAGAUAUCCAUCCGAACUUCUGGGGGACCGCCCACCGCCCCGCCAGACACCAGGUGGAUCAGAGCAAAUGCGACGCAUGCUAGGUUUGACACUAGCAUGUGGUCUGAUGGGGGGUGUGGACCAGUGGCACUGAAGCUGGAGUGGGGGGGCUCUGGUGUGAGCGGUGCUAGAGAUGUGCCGGUUGGGGGUGAAGUCAUUUUGGGAGGUUUAUCACCCGGAACGAGAUACCGUGUAGCAGCUCGCGCGUCAAAUGAAGCUGGUUGGACGAGGGAGGUGUAUGAGUUCAUGACUACCCCCGCUGAAGGCAGCUAUGCUGAGGAGGUCGACGCACCCUUCCCGGCCACUGCGGGGGAACUGGCGCUAUUGUUGGCACUAUGUGCUGCGUUAUCUCUUGCAGCUCUGACCAUACUUGCUAUUCUUUUGAGAAGAAAAAGAAGUGAUGGAGCAGUGGCGCGCGUGAUGACCAACGACAAGCCGGGUUGUGGCACGUACCGCCCGCCGCCGCACCCCACACCCAAGCUGCCUCCCGACCCACCAGAUGUGUAUGAGAUAAGUCCAUACGCAACGUUCGCGGGCGGCGACCAGUUGGGAGUGGGCAGCGGUUCACGCGCGUAUACGCUUCAGCUGCGCGCUUUAGCGAGGCACGAGGACGACGCCGCGCCGCCCUCCCAUCCGCCUUGCUGUGACGAAGAAACAUGCGUGGAUGCCUGCGAAGCUCAGCGACGUAGACGGCGACGAAGACACUACUGCCCGGAUCAUGGUUGCUCACAAGACUCAGGGAGUUGAGGAAACACUGCCAAAUUGUUUAGUCAAAUAAUUAUCUAGUCAACAUAAUUAGAAAAUUCAGUUAUACAUAUUAAUAUGUAUACUAAAAUUUUUACAAUAAUAUUGUCUAUUUAUAUUA